AUGUUCAUCUCUUCAGCUUCAAAACGAUCGUAUGUUCCUGAUGAAUAUCCAUUACAUGUACGAGGUACACCAGAAUAUAAUCCAUUGUAUGAUGCACUUGAAACAAAUAUAAUUACUUCACAAAAUCAAAAUCAAAAUAAUUUUCGACCAAUAGCACCACAAAAAUCAAGUUUCAUACAAUAUUCUCAUAAUGAUAUUUCAAAUACAUAUGAUAAACCACGUUCAUAUCGUUAUAAUGAUGAACAACGACAAUAUACAAAUGGACAACGACAACAUACAUCUAAUCAUCAAAAAAGAGUUGAAUCAGCACCAAAUAGUGAAGUUGAUUUAUUGGUAGAUAAAAUGGGAGGUGAUACAACAAAGCCAGAAGAUAGGCUAGAGGAAAAUAAUCAACAAAAAAAACGCAGACGACGACGAAUUUUAUAUAAUCUUCUAGAUUUUCUUGCAGUUUUGACAACAUGUCUUAUAUUUGGUCUUAUAUAUUUAUUUAUUAAGCCGGUGCCAAGAGGCUUUUUUUGUGAUGAUACAUCUAUACAAUAUCCAUUUCGACAGGAUACUAUUCCAAUGUGGCUUUUAGCAAUUUAUGGAGGACUUGGUCCAAUUAUAAUUUUUUGUUGUGUUGAACUUUGGGUUGUUCGACCAUUUCAUUGUGGACGUGGUCGAGGUGGACAUAGCUUAAAACAACGACAAAUUGAUUAUGUAAAAUUAAUCUUUCAUACAGUAUUUCUUUUUAUUCUUGGUAUUGCUGUUUGUUUUCUUAUAACUGAAGUUGGAAAACGUACAAUUGGUCGAUUAAGACCAUAUUAUUUAACUGUUUGUAAUCCUAUUUGGACAAAUCUUAAUUGUACAAAAACUGUACAAACAGCAAGUGGUAGUAUUUCUAUUCCACAAUAUAUAAUGGAUCAUUAUUGUAAUUCAUCAGUAUCAGACAGAGAUCUUCAAGAAGCAAAAUUAUCAUUUCCAUCAGGUCAUUCAAGUUAUUCAACAUAUGCAUUUAUAUUUUUAUUUGUUUAUUUUGAAGCACGACUUGUUUGUCCAAGUAUUCAAUUUUUAAAACCAUUUCUUCAAUGUUUAUGUGUUGCUGUUGCUUUUUUUACAUGUUUAUCACGUGUUACUGAUUAUAAACAUCAUGCAACAGAUGUUAUUGGUGGAUCAUUAAUUGGUUUUUGUAUUGCUGUAUUUACUGCUGUACGUGUUGGAACAUAUUUAUGGACAUUUAGUGUCUAUUGUGAAACAGAUGAAGAAACAGAAAAAGAUCGUUUACCUAAAGAUGAACGUAUAACAAUACCUGGUGUUGAAACAAAACCAUCAGGUGGAUUACGUUCAAAUGAACAAGAUCAAACAAUAACAGAACGUGAACGUCAUAGUAAUCGAUCAAAUUAUGAUAAUGUUAUAUCAAUGCAUACACAACAACAACAACGACCUAUAUCGAAUAAUGUAAAACCGACUGUUGGACAACGUAUGACACCUAGACAAGGAUAUGAUGAAGCAAAUGUUUAA